AUGUGUGGAAUCUUCGCUUGUCAUCAUCAUCCCGAUGUCCAGAAGUUCAAGCCUACGGCUUUGCGGAUGGCAAAAGCCAUCCGUCAUCGUGGCCCCGAUUGGAGCGGAAGCUUCAUCAAGAACAAGACUAUUCUCGUCCACGAGCGUCUAAGUAUCGUCGGUGUUGACUCUGGGUCCCAGCCCCUCGUCAACGAGGACUCCUCCAUCGCCCUCGCCGUCAACGGAGAAAUCUAUAACCAUCGUAUCCUCAGAAAAUCCCUGGACCCCAGCUAUAAGUAUAAGACACAUUCCGACUGCGAGGUUAUCAUCCCAUUGUACAUGAAAUAUGGUGUCGACGCUCCUAAACACCUCGAUGGAAUGUUUUCCUGGGUCCUUUACGAUGCCACGGAAGACCGUGUUAUCGCAGCCCGUGAUCCUAUCGGUAUCACCAGCUUCUACCAAGGCUGGUCUUCCGAGACUCCUGGUGCCGUUUACUUCGCCUCCGAAUUGAAGAGUCUGCACCCCGUUUGCGACAAGAUCGUUGCUUUUCCCCCUGGCCACGUUUACGACUCCAAGACCGACACCAUGACCCGUUACUUCGAACCCACCUGGUGGGACCCCAAGCGCGUACCCUCGACCCCUGUCGACUAUAAGGCUAUCCGUGAAAUGUUGGAGCGUUCAGUUCGCAAGCGUCUUAUGGCAGAAGUUCCUUAUGGUGUGCUUUUGUCUGGUGGUUUGGAUUCUAGCUUGGUCGCCGCCAUUGCACAACGCGAGACUCUUCGCACGAGAGAUUUGCAAAUGACUGGAAGCUCGGUUGCAUCGACCAACGGCGAAUCUGAGCUUGUUGGCAUUGACGAUGAGAACGACUUGUCCACCGUGACCGUCCUCGCCCAAUUGCACUCGUUCUCUAUUGGGCUGCCUGGUGCUCCUGACACCGCCGCCGCUCUUGAAGUUGCUAACUUCCUUGGCACUCGCCACCAUGCCUUCACCUUCACCAUUGAGGAUGGUCUCAACGCGCUCUCCGACGUCAUCUUCCACCUUGAAACCUACGACGUCACCACUAUCCGUGCCUCGACUCCCAUGUACCUGUUGAGUAGGAAAAUCAAGGCUCUUGGUGUCAAGAUGGUAUUGAGUGGUGAGGGUAGUGACGAAAUCUUCGGUGGCUACCUCUACUUCCACGCUGCUCCCAACAGGGAGGAAUUCCACGCUGAGACUGUCAGGAGAGUGAAGAACCUCCACCUUGCAGAUUGUCUCCGUGCCAACAAAUCCACAUCUGCAUGGGGUCUUGAAGCCCGUGUGCCAUUCUUGGACAAGCAGUUCCUAGAGACCUCCAUGAACGUGGAUCCCCAGGAUAAGAUGAUCACAAAAGACCGCAUUGAGAAGUACAUCUUGCGAAAGGCAUUCGAUACCUCUGAUGAGCCAGACGUUGCACCUUAUCUGCCAGACAAGAUCCUCUGGCGUCAAAAGGAGCAGUUCAGUGAUGGUGUCGGAUACGGAUGGAUUGAUGGACUCAAGGACAACGCCGAGCUUCACGUUACCGAUGAGAUGAUGAAGAACCCUAAGCCUGAAUGGGGUGAUGACAUUCCUGCCACCAAGGAGGCUUACUGGUACCGCAUGAUGUUCGACGAGCACUUCCCUCCUUCUUGUGCAAACACUGUUGAGCGCUGGGUGCCAACAUGGUCCAAGCAGACUGAUCCUAGUGGACGUGCCAUCGCAACUCACGUUGCCAAGUACGAAAACGCAGCUUAG